AUGACCAGCGCCAACAGUGGGAACCGGAAGGGAAAGGGCAACAAGAAGAAGUUUGUUCCACUCUCAGAGUUUAACCCGACGCAGGCAGUGAGCCAUUCCGCACCUCCCUCAGCGAUACUGCCCCCAGGACUUAUGCCGGCUGUCGCUCCUGCCGUUGUCAACGGAAAUGCAGUCGCAACCACUCAAGGUGCAGCACGUGAGGAGGAAGAAUUGUGCUUCAUUUGUGCGGACGCUGUGACAUGGUACGCAGUCGGGGAGUGCAAUCACAGAGUGUGUCACCUCUGCUCAUUGCGGUUGCGCGCACUCUAUAAGCAGCGAACGUGUGCGCUUUGCAAGACGGAGCUUGCAGAAGUAGUAUAUACCAAAGAUGGCGAUACGGUUUUUCAAGAUUUUGAUCUACGAGCGAUGCCUGCUCAUGAUAAGAAGCUGAAAAUCUACUUUGAUGAACCUGAGAUUUACGAGGACGUCAUGAUUCUGUUGCGUUUUAAUUGCCCCGACCCUGGAUGUGAUGUUGCGUGUGCUGGUGGAUGGCGAGAGCUUAAGGAUCACGUCAGAAAGGCUCACGGAAUGCUGAUGUGCGAACUCUGCACCCGGCAUAAAAAGCUAUUCACACAUGAGCAUACACUCUACACACGCGCGACCCUCGAUCGACAUAACAAGUUAGGGGAUCCAGACGAUCCUUCGUUUAAAGGACAUCCACAAUGCGGCUUUUGCAAAAUUCACUUCUAUAGUCAGGACGAAUUGUAUGAACAUUGUCGCGAAAAACACGAGCAAUGCUUCCUUUGUCAGAGGAAUGGAAUCAGGAAUCAGUAUUAUCAGAACUAUGCCGAAAUGGAAGUGCAUUUCCAAAACGAUCAUUUUCCAUGCUACCACCCGGAAUGCUUGGAAAAGAAAUUUGUGGUAUUUGAUUCCGAUAUAGAUUUGAAAGCACAUGAGCUCGAGGUUCACCGUGACCAGAAAGCAAGAGCAAAAGGGCAACAAAUUGAGGUCAAUUUCACAUAUGCAUCGAGGGGUUGGGAUAGCGAUCAUGGUCGCCGAUCGAGCAGAAGGGACAAAAGAGGUGGGCGGAGUGAUGGCCGUGCGGAUGGCCGGCCAUCUGAUGGUCCAAAUCGCAGAAACGGGGGAGAAUCAAGAGGGUCAGCCGACGCAUCGGUUCCUCCUCAGCCAAUACUCCUACCACAAGCGGUACCUGCACCCGCGCCUGCACCUUCUGACGGAGUACGGCGAUUGCGACCUCCACCUGGCUUUGGAUCACAGCUAUCAGACGCAGAGCCAGCAACGCAAGGCCGGUCUCGAUCGGACUCUGCAUCCCCACCUAUCUCACCUGCCACAAUAGACCGUCAACAUCCAAGAUCUGCCCAUGUCAAGGCCCAUCCGACUCCCGCGGAAGCUGCGUCAGGCGUCUCCAAGACCAACGGCAUCUCUUCUGGAAUCGACUCUGCAUCCAACGCCGACCCCGAGCUGACCGCCAAACUUCAAACCCUCUUCAACUCGGAUGUGUCAAAACUCGGCGAGCAAGGUCAUCUCAGUGCAGACGAAUUUCUGGAGGCUUCAUGA